AUGUUUGCCAAAGAUGAAGUUGUUUUGCUCUUAAAAGGCCGAUAUGCAGGAUUUAAAGGUGUGAUAGUUGAAGAUAUAUCAAAAGUAAACGAUCGUAAUGUUGUGACUGUAAUUGGGUUAGAAAAGGUUCCUAAGCCUUUAACUGAGGAUAUGACUGAGCAUCAGAAGAAGAGACAUGGCAGUUUACGUGUCUUUAUUAAGAAGAUGAACGUUAGACACUUACUGGCUACUAGGCACGUAAUGGAGAACGUUUUUACUUCUGAGUUUAUCAUUAAGGACUUAACUGAUGUAUCAGAGCGAGUGGAGAUGAAGAAGGAGGCUGAGAAGCUUUUUAGGCUGGCUUAUGAGAACAAUCCCGGGCACUGGAUCUUCAAAAAGCAGAAGAUUUGA